AUGGUGAACAACGACCUCGAUGAAGAGGAUAUCGAGGAGGUGCUCGAGAGUCAUAAUCGUUAUCGUGUUGUCAUUGCGAACGGCAAGGAGAGUCGCGGAAAUCCCGGGCCGCAGCCCGCCGCAAGGACCAUGAUGGAAUUGAUCUGGGACGACGAACUUGCCGUUAUAGCUCGUCGAUGGGCGCUGCAGUGCAAGCUCUUCGAGAAGGAUCAGUGCCGAGAUGUUGAACGAUUUGAAGUGUGGCAGAACGUAAAUGUACUCGACAUGGACAGCGUGGAAAAUAGCACGAGUAGGAAAAGAAUUCACUUUCAUAUUACAUCGUGGUACGACGAGGUGGAAAACUUCGACAACGCGGAUGUCGGGUAA